GAAUUUGAAACUGGAGCAUGAGCAGGAGAAAAACAAGAUCUUGUCAGAAGCAUUAGAGACGCUAGCUACUGAACACCAUGAACUAGAGCAGUCCCUGGUUAAGGGAUCUCCACCUCUCAGCAUCAUCAGUGAAGAGCAGUUCUACGAUGCUGUUUCAGAUUCAGAAUCUGAAAAAUCAUUAAGUGGUUUUGAAACAACAACAGCCUACUCGUUAGAGGACAGCAUGGAUUCAAAAGAUACAAUAACUUCAAGCAUGUCUCAAGAAAAGGUUUGUGGCAGUGGGGAGUUGCUGUCUAAUGGAAUCAAAAAACACAGAACAAGCUUGCCAUCUCCAAUGUUUUCCAGAAAUGACUUCAGUAUCUGGAGUAUCUUAAGAAAAUGCAUUGGAAUGGAGUUGUCGAAGAUCACAAUGCCGGUUAUAUUCAAUGAGCCACUGAGCUUUCUACAGCGACUUACGGAGUAUAUGGAGCAUACAUACCUCAUCCACAAAGCCAGCUCGCUUUCCAGCACAACUGAGCGAAUGCAGUGUGUUGCUGCGUUUGCUGUGUCUGCUGUAGCCUCACAGUGGGAACGUACAGGGAAGCCGUUCAACCCAUUGCUUGGAGAGACGUAUGAAUUGAUCAGAGAUGAUCUUGGAUUUAGACUCCUCUCAGAGCAAGUUAGCCAUCAUCCACCAAUCAGUGCUUUCUAUGCUGAAGGUUUAAAUAAUGAUUUUGUGUUUCAUGGAUCAAUUUAUCCUAAACUCAAAUUCUGGGGCAAGAGUGUGGAAGCAGAACCAAAAGGCACAAUGACUUUGGAGCUUCUUGAACACAAUGAAGCCUACACGUGGACAAAUCCUACGUGCUGUGUGCAUAACAUUAUUGUGGGCAAACUUUGGAUCGAGCAGUAUGGAAAUGUGGAAAUAACUAACCAUAAAGGAAAAAAAGAGUUGCACAAAGUUGAAGGCUACAUUCAGGACAAAAGCAAAAAGAAGCUUUGUGCGCUGUAUGGGAAGUGGACUGAGUGUUUGUACAGUGUUGACCCAGCUACGUUUGAAGCUUACAAAAAAAAUGAUAAGAAAAAUGCAGAAGAGAAGAAAAGUGGUAAACAGGUGGGCAAUACUGAGGAACCAGAUGAGAUGCCGUUGCCAGAUUCUGAAAGUGUGUAUGUUAUUCCUGGAAGUACUUUGCUAUGGAAGAUAACUCCAAGACCUCCAAAUUCAGCACAGAUGUAUAAUUUUACUAGCUUUGCUAUGGCUUUGAAUGAGUUGGACAAAGAAAUGGAGAGUGUCAUUCCCAAAACUGACUGCCGGCUACGACCAGAUAUCAGAGCCAUGGAAAACGGAGAAAUAGAUCUGGCUAGUGAAGAAAAAAAGAGGCUAGAAGAAAAACAAAGGACCGCCCGCAAAAAUCGUUCAAAAUCCGAGGAAGACUGGAAGACAAGAUGGUUCCACCAAGGCCCCAAUCCCUAUACUGGUACACAGGACUGGCUUUAUUCUGGCAACUACUGGGACAGAAACUACUUCAACUUGCCUGAUAUUUAUUAAAAUGCAAUAAGGAGCCCAUGACUGAUGCAAAUAAGUCUUAAUCCAUUUUAAUGUUUCCCCUUGUUUUACUUAUCUCCUGAGAAAAACUGACAUGUUAUCAAACAGAAUAUUAAGCAUCUCCACAGUAAAUCUGGUGGUACAUGAUCUGCAGUCCCAUGGGCAAGGGAAUAAUUUUUCUGGCUGGUGGUAGGUCCUGUGUGGACAAAGUAAGUCACCAUGUUCUCGAGCUGCCCUGUUUGCAGAAUACACCUAUAUUAGGUUGUGGUGUAUGAGGAAUAGAACACUUUCUUCAAGCUGUUCUGUGAAUACUUUCUUUUGUAGGUAACAUUGGCACAAGUAAAACUGGUUUUAUUUAUUGUGACAUGGGAAUGUUUAAAAGCACACACAGUAAUUGCAAUACUCUGUUCUUAAAUGAAGAAGGGUGUGUCACUUUUGUAAAGAUGUAAUUUUUCAUGAAGUGACUUUUCUUUUACUAAAGUAACUCCCUUAAACCCUGAGCUCUGGUCAGAGAUUCCAGAAGCAUUCCCAUCUGUGGAGCAUUAAU